GCUCCUUCCCCAGCCGCGGAGAGGCGAUGGCGGAUAUUGACAAGCUCAACAUCGACAGCAUCAUCCAACGGCUGCUGGAGGUGAGAGGAUCCAAACCUGGUAAAAAUGUCCAGCUUCAAGAGAAUGAAAUAAGAGGAUUGUGCCUGAAAUCUCGGGAGAUUUUUCUCAGUCAACCAAUUCUGUUAGAACUUGAAGCACCACUUAAAAUAUGUGGUGACAUCCACGGACAAUACUACGACUUACUGCGGCUAUUCGAAUACGGUGGUUUCCCACCGGAGAGCAACUAUCUCUUUCUUGGGGACUACGUUGACCGAGGGAAGCAGUCUUUAGAGACAAUUUGCCUCUUGCUGGCCUACAAGAUAAAAUAUCCAGAGAACUUUUUCCUCCUCAGAGGCAACCAUGAGUGUGCUAGCAUUAAUAGAAUUUACGGCUUCUAUGAUGAAUGUAAAAGAAGAUACAACAUCAAGCUGUGGAAAACCUUUACAGAUUGUUUCAAUUGCUUGCCAAUUGCAGCCAUUGUGGACGAGAAAAUAUUUUGCUGCCACGGUGGCUUAUCACCAGAUCUCCAGUCAAUGGAGCAAAUCCGACGGAUUAUGCGGCCCACAGACGUGCCGGACCAAGGCCUCCUUUGUGACCUGCUGUGGUCUGACCCCGACAAGGAUGUGCUUGGAUGGGGCGAAAACGACCGAGGGGUCUCUUUCACGUUUGGAGCCGAAGUGGUGGCCAAGUUCCUUCAUAAACACGAUUUGGACCUCAUAUGCAGAGCUCACCAGGUAGUUGAAGAUGGAUACGAGUUCUUUGCAAAAAGACAGCUGGUAACUCUGUUUUCUGCCCCCAAUUACUGUGGGGAGUUUGACAAUGCAGGUGCUAUGAUGAGUGUGGAUGAGACUCUAAUGUGCUCCUUUCAGAUCUUGAAGCCUGCGGAGAAAAAGAAGCCCAACGCUAGCCGACCGGUAACGCCACCCAGGGGUAUGAUCACAAAACAAGCAAAGAAAUAAGUACUCUCGGGCCCGCCUGGUUGGGACUUGUACCAUAGUAUAUAAUCUUCAUUUUUUUAAAAAAACAAAAACCGGUAACGUGUAUCAGUCAGCUUGCUAUAAGACUAGACUUAAUGUGUUGUGGUUUUUCUUUCUGGUUCAUUUUGACAUUUGCUGGAUGUAGCAGCAAAUGAGACGUUCUCCCUUCUCAAGAAGAGCCUUUUUUAAAAAUAAAUAAAUAAAUAAAUAAUCGGUAUUUGGAAAGAGGAAAAAAAACACAACACCUUUUUCUGUUCUCGAUGUUCCGGCUGUACAUAACUUCACAGCACCUGUCCUGCCAUUCUGGGUAAUUGUACAACUGACUCCUUGAACUGGUAGAGACCAGGUGAUGUGUGACGCCUGUUUUUUAUUUUAGGAGCUAAGAAGGCACCAGCGUGCCCGGAGACUAGUAUGACUGUCAAAUUGCAUCCUGUCGAUACGAUUCACUUGUAAAAAGCUUUUAUUUUGUUUCGAAGGGUUUGCGUUUUCCUUGUCAUGUACAUGAGUCCCGUUGUCGACUUUUUCAGCCAACUUUUGCCAGCUUCACUAGUAUGAUGUCUGUUUUAAUUGCAGCGCCCUCCCCUCCCGUAUACUUUGAAAUCACGAUUAAAGCCAUGAUUUUAAGAUUUGUGUCUCUGUAAAAAAAAUCAAGGUGUGCAGGGGAAGACCCAUCAGCACGGCCCGUAGUGUCUAAGCUGGAUUUUUUCCUCUGCAGGAAGGACGACUUGAACUAGCAGAGUAAAGCUGUGAUCAGCUGGAGUACAGGAUUAAAGACUUUUGAUACUUCCCCUAUAUUCAGUGUCGAAGCGUGCCACUCUGCUCUUUUAGCCAGUUCAGAAAGUUGUAACAUGUGAAGAGACUUGCCUGAGAAUUAGAAUUACUUUAGGUUUUGUUUUAUUUGCAUCUUGAAGACUUGCUCUCUACAAAGCUUAGAAAACAACCAACUGCAGCAGUGAACCAGUGUUCACCUGUUUCUAUGACUCACAGUUUCUUGUGGUUCUUUUUUUGUUUUCUUUUUAAAGAAAAACCUGUAAUCUUUUUAAACAGAUGACAGUGUACAAUACAAAUGUGGUAAAAUGCCUAUUAAAUGAGUAACUUGUUAAA